AUGGCUGAAGAACACCCCUCAUCUUCUACACCUGCUGCUGCCUCUCAGGAACAAGAACAGUUCAAAAACGGGAACUUGAUAAUUUGCUCGGUGGCUGCAGACCACCCCAAAGAUGGCUUGACUAAAGCCCCCCUGACUCUGUCCAGUUUAGCUAGUGUCUGGCCUGGCACGGGCUGUGUCAAGAAGCUGGUAAUCAAAAACUUUAAUGGUAAACCCCUGAUGCUGGAAAACUACAGUGAAGAAACAUGGCAAAAAUUAGAAGAAGCUAUACAAGCUAUCCAGAACAAUAUCUCUUUUACAUGCAGCUUGGAAGAACUCUAUCAGAGAGUUGAAAACCUUUUUUCCCACAGUUUGUCUGCAAACUUAUAUAAGCAGUUGAAGUGCCUUUGUGAAGAUCACAUCAAAACACAAAUUCAUCAAUUCAGAGAUUAUUCUCUGGAAGGUGACCGUCUUCUAAAGAAAAUGGAUAAAUGCUGGAAAGACCAUGGCAGACAAAUGACGAUGAUUAGGAGCAUUUUUCUGUUGCUAGAUAGAGCUUUUCAAAAUUCGAUGUUGUCUUCUGUUUGGGACAUGGGGCUUGAAUUAUUUAAAUCAUAUAUACUUUGUGACCAGAAUAUUCAGAGCAGGACUAUAGUUGGAAUUCUUCUCUUGAUUAAAAAUGAAAGAAAUGGUGAAAUGGUUGAUCAAUGUUUGAUUCAAAGGCUUUUAACUAUGCUUUCUGAUUUGCAGAUUUACCAAGAAUCUUUUGAGAGUAGAUUCUUAGAAGAAACAAGCAGGUUCUAUGCAGCAGAAGGAAGGAAGGUAGUGCAGAAAAGAGAGAUUCCUGGGUGUCUCUACCACAUCAAGAAACUUCUGGUGGAAGAAGUAGACAGGGUUAGAAGCUAUCUGUGCCUGAACCUGCAGAAUCUACUAAUUGCGAUUAUAGAAAAGCAGCUUCUAGGUGUACGUUUAUCAGCAGUUAUUCAGGAAGGCUUAAGUGCUCUUCUUGAUGACAACAGAAUUGAGGAUUUGUAUCUCCUCUACCAACUGUUUAGUAGGGUAGGAUGUGGAGUGCAUGUUCUUCUCCAAUAUUGGACUAAUUAUGUAAAGGAAGGUGGUAACAACAUAGUUAUUAAUCCUGUGGAGGAUCAGACAAUGGUCCAAGAACUUCUGGACUUUGAAAAUAAGAUUGAUUUUAUCAUUGAAACCUCUUUUAUGAAGAAUGAGAAGUUUAUGGUUGCUAUGAAAGGAGCUUUUGAAACAUUUAUUAACAAAAGACCUAACAAGGCAGCUGAGCUUCUAGCAAAGUAUCUGGAUGCAAAACUUCGUGAAGGUAAUAAAGAAUCUACAGAUGAAGAACUUGAAGAGCUGUUAGAUACCAUAAUAAUUUUACUUAGAUUCAUUUGUGGGAAAGAUGUUUUUGAAGGCUUCUACAAAAAUGGUUUAGCGAAACCUCUUGGUAAGAGUGCUUCAGUUGAUGCAGAAAAGUCAGUGCUGUCCAGACUUAAACAAG